AAUACAGCUCGCUUUGCGCAGCGUAUGCGCUUCCAGGCCCAACCAAAGAUGGUGGCUCGGAGCGCGCGCCCGUCUAGCUGUCUCCAUGGUGAUCUCCCCUUGCCGUGCCCCACGCACGCGCCGCACCAUGGCGCCGCUGGGCCGCCGUGCCCGGGACUGGCUUUACUCGCUGAUUCUUCUCACCAUUGUAUUACUUUCAUGGGGAUAUGUUAUUUAUGCAACACGAAUAGCAGCUCAGUGGCAACUUGAGAAGGACUUCCCUGAUCAAAUGCUGAAUUUUUAAAGGAACCAGUACAGAUGGACAGCAUCUGGCUUUUCACACCUGAAUACACUUAAAACCAAAUUUGAGGACAGAAAAGAUUAUUUCCAGACUAAUGGUUUGAGAAGUUAUGACCUGACCACAUAAUUUAAGUUUAAUAGUGGCAGAAGGCUUCAAGAAAAAAAAUCAAGCUUCCUGCACAAUUAAAAGGAGCAACAGAAAUACAGGCAAUGCAUGUUGUGUGACACUGAGUUUUCUUAAUAAA